AUGUCUUCAAACAAUGACCGAUACGAUAAGACCAUGAGGAGCUUAGCAGCAGCCAUGGGGGACCAAGACCGUAUUACUCAUCCUAGAGGAUUCGGCCGUAAUCCCCGACAAAGGAGACGAGCUGCUGAUAGUCAAGACGAGCAAUCGAGACAAGCGAUCUAUAGCGCUACGCAAUACACGUAUGAUAUCGAAAGACAAAACGAAGCUGAGCGACAGACUACUCAAAGUGCUCAAGACGCUGGUGCAGCCAAUGUGGGAGCUCCUCAAGAUGCCGAGGAUACAGAAAGUUGGGCAGGGGAUAGUACGACUCCUGCCGGAACAGAGACGCCUCCCUCUGAGGAUGAAGACGGAUCAAACACACCAUUAGAAGGAUCUAUUCUACCAUUGGAGACUGGACCCAUAUCUGAGGAUGGAUCUCACGCUGGAACAGAGGCAACGCCUCCCCACUCUGAAGACUCAACCACACUUUUCGGAGAAUUCGCUCAACGAUCUGACCAUGGGUCCGAAUCUGGUCCUGACGCUGGGUUCCAACAAGGUCCUGGUCCUCACAGAUUCAACGUCGGUGAUAACAACUAUUACGUCGGGCAUAUCGGACCACAUGCUCGAGUUAGGCGAGUCGACAACACACAGGACGUCACGAGACAGAUCAACGAUUUUUUUGGGAGUUCACGAGGUCCUGCUGCUUCUGGGAGUACUGCUCAGAGAAGCGCACCGACCAAUGACACUAGGAUGCCUCAACAAUCUACCAACUCCCGAUCUCCGGCGCCUUCGGGUGCACCGGAUACAGCUUUUCAUAGCGUAUUUGGCGAAAUAUUGAAUGACCGCAUUGGACAGCUCCAGUCAGCAAGAAGCGCUCAAGAGCCUGGCAGAAAUACAUACAAUACCGACCGCAUCGGUGGCAAUGCUACAGUCCAAAUGGGAACUCGUAAUGGAGAAACCGGAGUGUUCUGGGGCAGGGGUGGUCACUCAGCUGAUCAGGCUCCAAGUCAGCCCGGAACGGCUACUCAGCCAAAUGGCGAUACCGGUAUCGCUGAUGCUUCGUCCAGUCCUGCUGCUAGGGGCAAUUACCGAAGACCUGCAGUAGAAGAGGGCAGCGAUAAUGGGGCUUAA